GCGCGUGUAACAGUUGUGAAAGCGCCGUGUUAACCUCACAAAGUGCAGAUAUGGCCGACAAAACGCCGCCUCAGAAAUCCAACGCUCCAUACGCAACCAGGAUAGAUCCAACCAAAGAGGGUCUUUCUCAAGAUCAGAUGCAUUUUAUCAGACAGGUGGAACUGGAACAGUGGAAGAGGAGAACGUCGAAGCUGCGGACACGAAACGUGGUGACGGGACUCGCUAUCGGAGCGCUCGUGUUGGGAAUCUACGGCUACACAUUUUACUCAGUCUCCCAGGAGCGGAUCAUGGAUGAGAUCGACGAGGAGGCCAAGCGUUUGAGAAUGCAGGGACCAAAAACCGGUGCCAACUGAGAUUUAAGUGUCAUCUGCUUGUUGUUGGACUUUGUUUCUGUCCUGCACUUAACAAGAAGGAGGACUCAUGCCACUGAUCAUAUUCCAUGGCUGCCUGGCUGCUGUGUUCUUUUUUUAAUGUUGAGAGAACUGGACUUUGUCUUGAUUUGAAGGCAAUUGUGUGGCUGACGAAAAACUAAGUGUGGUGUAGUUUUGAAGAAGUUUUCCUGUCAGUGGAAAGGACCAAUCCACUGACUUGAUCAUGACGUUAGAAGCUACACUGUAGCACAAUCAGCACCCUUUACUUUAAUCGGGGCUGGAAACAUCAGGUAAAGGGAAUAUAAAAAAAAUCAGUCAGCUAAUGACUUAAAAAUCUACAGUGGCCUUCAACAAUAGAGAAUGCCAGUGACACUGCAGAAAUAACAUUAUUUAUGCUGAUAAAGUUUUGAUUUAUGAAAUAAAAGCCUCAUGUAUUAGAUUGUUUAA